AGCGAGUAGAGAUCGUACCACUGCACUCCAGCCUGGGUGACAAAGCUACACUCUGUCUCAGAAAAAAAAAAGGAAAGAUUGAGGCUUUGGAUAAUAUAAUCAUCUUUCAGUGGGUUUGGAUAGCUUUCAGUGACUGUUAGGUGGAAGGCAUCAGGACGAGCACUGUCAGUGGAGGGGUCUGAGCACCAUCCUGGGACUGCAUUCAUCCACUUACAUCUUUGCACACACAUGCUGUGAUUUGCUCUGAGCUGCAGCACUGGGCAGAGAGAAGUGUUGCCCCAUGUGUUUAUAGGAGCAAUUCGAUGUAAGAGAAGAGUCUCCCCAGCCAACUUUUUGUCAGUGUAUUCAGAAAGUUGUAAACUUACCCAGUAUUAUAUCCCCAAGAAGCAGGAACUAAAAAAUGACAGCCCUAAGGAAGGGUGGAAAGACCUCUUCUGAGGUGGUAGACCUAUGUAGUACCCAUGAAGUAGGUUUGGUAAGCCACUGAGUUUUUGGGGUGAAAGCAAAACUUCCUCCUGCGAGCCAAACAUAGGAGUAUCAUGGCAGUUCUAUUAUGAAUAUCUAUGUGUGGCCCUGAAAUGGGCCUAAAUGUGACUUGCAGAGUUAAUCAUUAGCCCAGCGGUUGUCUGAACGACUUGAUUCCCCUGGGCUGUGAGCAGUUCACCUGCAGAGGAGGCUCCAGAAAGCAGCAUGUCCCCCUUGCUCUUUGGGGCUGGGCUGGUCGUUCUGAAUCUAGUGACGUCUGCCAGGAGCCAGAAGACAGAACCUCUAAGUGGCUCUGGGGACCAGCCACUCUUCCGUGGAGCUGAUCGAUAUGACUUUGCCAUCAUGAUCCCUCCAGGAGGCACGGAAUGCUUUUGGCAAUUUGCCCACCAGACUGGAUACUUCUAUUUCAGUUACGAGGUUCAGCGGACAAUGGGGAUGUCACAUGACCGGCAUGUUGCUGCCACGGCACAUAACCCACAGGGAUUUCUCAUAGACACCUCCCAGGAUGUUCGGGGCCAGAUUAACUUCUCUACCCAAGAGACAGGUUUUUAUCAGCUUUGUCUAAAUAAUCAGCAUAAUCACUUCGGUUCUGUGCAAGUGUACCUCAACUUUGGAGUCUUCUAUGAGGGGCCUGAGACUGAUCACAAACAGAAGGAAAGAAAACAACUGAACGAUACUCUGGAUGCAAUAGAGGACAGCACACAAAAGGUGCAGAACAAUAUCUUUCACAUGUGGCGAUACUACAACUUUGCCCGGAUGAGGAAAAUGGCUGACUUUUUCCUUACCCAUUCAAACUAUAACUACGUGAACUGGUGGUCGACAGCCCAGAGCCUCGUUAUUAUUCUUUCUGGAAUCCUGCAACUGUAUUUCUUGAAGCGUCUCUUCAAUGUUCCAACAACUACAGACACAAAGAAGCCAAGAUGCUAAGCUAAGGUGACUAUAGCACCCUGGCUCUUUUCUUCUGGGGCUUAGUCGAAAUCAGCUUUGUAAUGUUAUGGGACAAAAAUCAAUUUAUCUCAUUAAUGUUUUAGUCUGCUGUACACAUCUAAAGCAAAAUGGCAAUAAAAUAAUAACAAUGAAAAAGUUCUGAAGAAGUAUUAAAUGUAUGCAUCAAAAUACUGUUCAUCAUAUAGCAGUCCCUUAGCCUUCACUGAGUCUACUUAGAGGCUAACAGAAAACCUUAGAAGGAAGACGAGUUGAAAAAGGCCACAAUCAAGUUUGCUUACAUAUAAAAGCAGGAGUCGGUAAUGUUUUAUUCUUAAAGACUUCACCUUUGGAACUUAAAAUAAGCAGUAUAUUCAUUAAAGAAAUAGUUUAGUUUUGCAAUACAGGAAGUUUUUAAAUUUUUUGUCUAUAAAAUGUUACUAAAGAAACAUUCUGACGAUCUUAAAAUAACUUUGGGAGGCACGGGGAAGGACAAAGGGACUUAAUUUUUAUGUCGUGGUCUUUGAUCAGUGCUUUUAGUUCAAUCCAGUCAAGUAAGUAAAGGUUCAUAGAAAAAAUUAUGUUUUAUAAAAUCAUAGUGAUGAAAAAAACAUUCCAGCUUAGGAUCAUCCCAUCCAAGAAAAAUACUGAGAAAACAGCUUGUAAAAAAGAAGGUAAUAUAAUCAAAUUAUACUCAUAAAACUCUACACUUAAUAACAGGAAUACAUAAUAUAUAUAAUAUAAAAAUAAUUCUUACCAUUUAUUCCACACCUAUCAUUUCCCAGGCACUGUACACCAUACUAGAUGCUUUACAAUCAGUCGGAGUCUCACUCCGUCGCCCAGGAUGGAAUGCGAUGGCACCAUCUCAGCUCACUGCAACCUCUGCUUCCCCGGUUCAAGCCAUUCUCCUGCCUCAGCCUCCCAAGUAGCUAGGACCACAGCCACGUGCCACCACACCUGGCUAAUUGUUUUUAUAGUUAGUAGAAAUGGGGUUUCACCAUGUUGGCCAGGCUGGUCUCAAACUCCUGACCUCAAGUGAUCCAUCCGCCUUGGCCUCCCAAAGUGCUGGGAUUACAGGCGUGAGCCACUGUGCCCAGCCUACAAUCAUGAUUUCUAAUUCCAAAAAUCAGAAUUUCUAAUUCUCAGGUAGAUGGCCAAAGCUAUUUUUUAAGUUUUGUAUCUUUUUAAACAGAAGAAAACAAACCUUAUUAAAGCUGAAUGACUCAUUCAAGGCCAUAUAGCUGGUAGGUGGCAGUAGUGGGGUUUGAAUACGUUUUUCUUUCAUACCACACACCAAUUACCGUAUGGAAAAAUAGCUGAAUUGCUCUUACUGUUUUAGACAAAUUUCAUUUUUAAAACCCCACAUAUGGUUUAUUAUUCUGUUAUGGAAAUAUCUAUCUUGCAUAUUAAAAAAAAAA